AUGGCAGUCACCAAGCAACUCCUCACCCCCGGCGAUGGCCAGACCAAAGCCAAGAAAGGCGACACCAUCAGCAUGGAGUACACCGGCUGGGUCUACGAUGCUAGCAAGCCUGACAACAAGGGCAGCCAGUUCGACACUUCCACCAAGCGCCCAGGUGACUUCGACACCGCCAUUGGCGUCGGUCGUGUCAUCAAGGGCUGGGACGAGGGUGUCCUCAGCGUCGACGGCGGCAUGACCCUCGGCGAGAAGUCCACCUUGACCAUCACUCCUGACUACGGCUACGGAGCCCAAGGCUUCCCAGGCCUCAUCCCACCAAACUCGACCCUCGUCUUCGACGUCCAGCUCAAGGCCAUCAACGGCCGCCGUGCUUAA